AUGGCAGCAACAGCCGGAAAUCUGUUGGUUUCAAAGGAUUUCAAAAGUAGUUCAUAUCUUGAUCGCCUAUUACCAAAGCAUAGAAACGUCAAUAGAGCGUUAAGUUUCACACCACUCAGUUCAUCAAUUUUAGCCCCAAUGAAGAGAUUGAACAAAACAUUCGACGCUUCAUCGGACUCGGGCGAACAAAAUCGAAGUCCACGGAAUGAAUUGUAUAGGUUGCAAAAGCAAUCCUAUGAAAACGCCAAGAAACACAUUGCAUCCGAGUUGGAAUAUAUUCUCAAAGAUCCUUCAAUUGUGGUCGUUAGCGAUUGGCUCAAAGUGCGAGGAACACUACGGGACUGGACUAAGCUGUGGGCAGUUUUAAAACCAGGUUACAUGUUACUCUAUCGUAGUCCUAUAUCUAUGGACGGUGUUUGGGUUGGCACUAUUGUUCUCUCAUCGUGUGAAGUUAUUCAACGACCUUCGAAGAAAACAGGAUUCUGUUUUAAAAUUUGGCAUCCAUUAGAAAAAUCUAUCUGGACGCAGAAAGGUCCUAGAAAUGAGCAAUUUGGUGCCCUGACAUUUCCUCUACCAAUCAAUUACUUAAUUUGUCGAGCAUCAGACGAAGCCACGGGAUAUUGCUGGAUGGAUGGACUUGAAUUAACAAUGAAAUGUUCAAAAUUAUUGAAAAAGCCCUUUCUAACGUAUGAUGUUCCCCCUACGUCAACCACGAGCAAUUCUUCAAUCCUGUCUAAUGAAGACAGCAUACUUUCAAACAGCAACUCCUCCACAAAUGAUAUUAAUCUGUCUCGCACGAACCUUCUGGCAGACGAUGAUCGAAUGAGUGAAACCAGUGCUGAUAUGAGCAGAACUUCAAGAAGUGGCACCACUCAAUCGGAAAUGUCACAAGAUCGACCUAAUCCUCCCGAGGAAGAGAAAGCUAUAACGCCAUAUAUUCUUGCGCCUCCAGAGGAAAUGGGCGAACUUGGCAAUGCGGCCCAAACGGAAGAGGUAGCCGACGAAAACAAAUCGCUAAUAGUGCAUUUAUUAAAACAAGUUCGGCCAGGCAUGGAUUUAGCGAAAGUAGUUCUCCCAACAUUCAUACUAGAAUCUAGAUCAUUUCUGGAAAAACUUUCUGAUUAUUAUCACCACUGCGACAUUCUUGAAGAAACAGUCAAUUCACCUGAUCCGUUAGAACGGAUGAAAACAGUUGUAAAAUUUUACCUCUCAGGAUUUUAUAAGAAGCCAAAGGGCCUGAAAAAGCCCUACAAUCCUGUUCUAGGCGAAGUAUAUCGCUGUUAUUUUCAUCAUACAAAAAAUGAUAGUAAAACAUUUUAUAUCGCAGAACAGAUCUCUCAUCAUCCACCAAUUACAAGUUUUUAUGUGUCAAAUCGAAAGGAAGGAUUUUGUAUUCAAGGAAAUAUCUUAACAAGAUCCAAAUUCUAUGGUAAAUACUUAAUCGGUGACUUUAGUUUUCCAUUUCAACUAUUACCUAUAGGCAAUAGCUUGCAAGCAAUACUGGAUGGCUCAGCUCGAUUGACUCUACUGAACCGUGGAGAAGAUUAUAACAUUACUAUGCCGUAUGCGAACUGUAAAGGUAUCCUGAUCGGAAGGUUGACUAUGGAAUUAGGUGGCAAAGUAACAAUUACUUGUGAAAAAACUCGUUAUUCAGCUGAUAUUGAAUUCAAAUUAAAACCCUUUAUCGGUGGCCAAGAAUUAACUAACUUGGUUGAAGGAAAAAUCCGUCUGGAAGACGAUGUCCUCUAUACUUUUUCUGGUCAUUGGGACGAUGAAAUCAUCUUGAUCGAUAAAACCACACACAUGAAAAGUGUCUUGUGGAAAGUCACGCCAUCUGUGAUCAAUUCUCGUCUGAAACGAUAUGUCGUACCGAUCGAACAACAACAAGAGAAUGAAUCCGAAAGAUUAUGGCAACGUGUAACAUCAGCAAUUCGACAAAAUGAUCAAGUUUUAGCUACCGAAGAAAAGACGAUCAUUGAAAGUGAACAACGUAAACUGGUUAAAGAACGCAAGAUAACAGGAAUUGAAUGGCAUCCUUGUCUGUUCUCAAUGGAUGAAAAUAUCAGACAAUGGACAUACAAUCAUAUAGACACUCAUCCAUGGGAUUCACAUAAUGAUAUUUCCACGUACGAAACAAAUUUUAUGAUCUGCACGCAUACAUGUCAUCAUCGAGAUCCAAUGAUUGUUCAUGAACGUACCGUAUCGUUUCGCAAUACUCACAGUGAAUCAAUUCUAACCGAUCGGAAAGCAUCAUUUAGUGAAGAUAUAACAUCGAUAUUGAAAAGUAUUGAAACAAAUCUGAUGCAUACAAGUGAACGAAUUGACUUUCAUGAGCGACAAAUUUGUCAAUUACAAACACAACAAUCAAUACGUUAUCCUUCGUUUUACCUCAUUCAUUUUCUUCUUCUUAUUUUUGUUGCAUUCAUUUUAAAAUAUUUAUUUCGUUCAAGUUAA